AUGGCGAACCUUGGUGGAGGUAGGGGAGGCGGCUUUGAUCCUGGUGUUGUUGGUGAUGGCCACGGCUAUCCUGCUCAGGCGCAUGGAUCUGGCGGUGGUGCGGGCCGCGGUGGCGCUCCUCCUCAGGCGCAUGGAUAUGGCGGUGGUGCUCCUGCUAUGGCGUUUGGCCGAGGUCAGGGACAGGGUUCUGGUGCUGCGCCUGAUCGGGGUUCUGGUUAUGGCAGUGGCGGCGAGGCUCAUGGCGGUGGCUAUGGCGACUUCCACCCUGGUCGUUGGGCUGCUGGUCACUAUGGUGGUGGUGGUCGGUAUGGCGGCGGUGGAUAUCGUCGGCGGUAUGAGUUCCGGGCGGGUCGUGGAGACUACCGUGGUGGUCGAGGGGCUUACAAUGGUAAUGCUCGUGGUUGUGGUGCUUACGCAGGUGGUGGUCGUGGCUCAGGUGGCCGAAACAUCCCCUAUUCUUAUUCGGCAGACGAGUCGUCAGCACGUGGUGGUGCUGCUGGAGGCGCCCAAAUGUCUGCUACGUCGGUUGCGACGGUUGUUGCUAGUGCAGGAGGGCAUCCGCAUCUGGCGGAGCCUCAGGCGGCGCAGGAGAUGCCCGUGGUUCAGGCUCAAGUGACGGCUGCUCUGCCAGCAGCUUCAGCAGGUCUGGAUGCUGCUGAUGUUCCCUCUGCCGUGGUGCAACAGCGAGCUCAAGAGAAAGCACCUGAUUUUAUCCCGUUGGAGCCGGUCAUUGUGAAUGUGGCUGGCAGUUCAUCAGGGUCAAACAAUGCGGCUGCUGUUGCUACUAAAACUGGGAAGAGAAAAGAUAAGGUAAAAUGUUUCCGAUGUGGGUUCACAGGCCACAUUUCUUUUGAUUGUACUACGGUGUUGUGCGAUUAUUGUGAAUCCGCGGAGCAUGUGUCUUCUGUGUACCCUCUUUUACUUGCUCCAAAACCACAAGUGGUGAUGCAUGGGGUAUGCUGA